AUGAUAUCUGUGUUCCGAAGCGUAGUUGUGCUCAGUGUAGUCUUAAGCUUAUUUAUUUGUGUUUCUGGAGCGCCUAUUUCGAUCCAGGAUAUUCUUCAAAUAUUCGGCAAUCCCGUCCGAGAUUUUAAAAACUCUUUCGCCCAACCUUCUUUGUAUAAUAGCACCAAAAGCGAAACAAUAGCAAAUACCGCUACCAAAAAGGAUGAAGACGGUCCUUCGGAUGACACUAGCAUGAUUGAAGUACCUCCGAACACAGCGGGAUGCCAAGAGCAAGGCACUUAUUUGGAUAAAAGUGGUGUUUGCAGACGACCAUGGUGAUAUAUGCAACAUAGGCAUAAACACAAGCGUGGCGUAGUCUGCUCAGCACAUUACAUUAAAAUGGACGCGAAAUUUGUGAUUUUAUUGACUAUAACGUUGGCGAGUGUUAGUUCUCAAGGCAAUG